CUUCCGGUAUGUCUCUCCGGUUCUUUUGAGGGUCUGUUGAUUAUGUUGGCAAUUACACGUGCUGACAUUUUUCUUUAUUUUGAGUAAUAGCCAAAGUUGAUUUUACCUCAAAAAGGGAUUAUUUGGAAGUUCUGUGUAAUUCAGUUGUUAGUUGGUCUUCGAUGCGUUCGUUAAUGCUAAUUUUGAAUCCUCUGUUUGGAAGAAACUCAAGACUACCUCUACUUGUGUUAGAUAGCUAGCUAGCGAGCUAGCAAUUACACCGGCUAGCUUCAUAGCUUGUUCUACGGACCACUCUACAUUGAGAUGAUUGAAAGUGUUCUUCAACAGGACUAGCUACCUGGCUCACUCUUUCAGUCACAUUUGUCAUACAAAAGAGUUUCACGUCUCUUUUGCUUUAACUGAUUCAGAUUACCAGAUUGUUACCCACACAGUUAUAAAGUUACUCUUCCAUCAUGGGGGCUUACUUGUCGCAGCCUAAUACUGUUAAAACAAGUGCCAAUGGAGGAAACCACAACAUGACCUACGGAUUUUCAGCCAUGCAAGGAUGGCGCAUUUCUAUGGAGGAUGCCCACAAUUGCAUUCCAGAACUGGAUGAAGAAACGGCAAUGUUUGCGGUCUAUGAUGGACAUGGAGGUGAGGAAGUUGCCUUGUAUUGUUCCAAGUACUUACCAGACAUCAUUAAGGAGCAAAAGACUUACAAAGAUGGCAAACUGCAAAAGGCUUUAGAGGAUGCCUUUUUAGCCAUAGAUGGGAGGAUCACGACAGAGGAAGUGAUCAAGGAGCUCGUUCAGAUAGCCGGCCGUCCACAGGAAGAAGCGGCCAAUGAAAAGGUGGCUGAUGAGGAUGAUGUGGACAAAGAAGAGGCGGCUCUCCUGCACGAAGAGGCCACCAUGACCAUUGAGGAGCUGCUCAUUCGCUACGGCCAGGACCUCACUGCCGCCAAGCACGCCAAGAAGUUGGCUAGCGAAGCCGCCAAGGAGUCAGAUGCAGAGAAGGGCAUUAAUGGAGAAGUGGAGAGCACAGUCACCGGGGCAGACAGCAACGGGAAGGCCAAAGCGGCAGUGGCAACAGCGGGGGGGUCCAAAAUCCGAGCCUGCAGGAGAGCGGCGGCGGUGGCGGCUGCGGCAGCAGGUGACUCGGGGAGCUCGGGUUCUGGGUCUGGGUCCAGCUCCGGGUCCAGUGGGGAGAAAGCUGGCAAAGAGGAGGGUGGCGCGGGAUCAACAGGGGAUGCUGGUCCUUCCUGCUCUGCCUCGGCUGCUCUGCCACAGGGAAGUACCAAGUCUAAGUUCUUUGAGGACAGCGAGGAGUCAGAAGACGGUGAGGAUGAGGAUGAGGGCAGCGAUGAAGAGGAUUGCAGUGAGGAAGAUGAAGGAGAAAACAGCAGUGAAAAUGAUGAAGAUGACGACACCGAGGAACUGGAAGAAGAUGAUUCUGAAGAUGAGGAUGAGGAUAUGUGCUUACCUGGCAUGGAUGGGAAAGAGGAGCCUGGUUCCGACAGUGGUACCACAGCAGUUGUUGCACUUAUCCGUGGGAAGCAGUUAAUUGUGGCCAAUGCAGGGGACUCCCGUUGCGUCGUGUCCGAGAAGGGGAAGGCCAUUGACAUGUCUUAUGACCACAAACCAGAGGAUGAAGUAGAGCUGGCUAGAAUAAAGAAUGCUGGAGGGAAAGUAACCAUGGAUGGUCGGGUCAAUGGCGGACUCAACCUCUCCAGAGCCAUUGGAGAUCAUUUCUACAAGAGGAACAAGAAUCUUCCUCCCGAAGAGCAGAUGAUCUCAGCCUUGCCAGAUGUGAAAGUGCUAACUCUCAAUGAGGAGCAUGACUUCAUGGUGCUCGCAUGUGACGGAAUCUGGAAUGUCAUGAGCAGUCAGGAGGUGGUGGACUAUAUCAGUGAGAGGAUGAAGCCUAAAGACGGUGAACAUCGGUCGCUGACAUCCAUUGUUGAAGAGCUUCUUGACCAUUGCCUGGCUCCAGACACGUCUGGCGAUGGCACCGGCUGCGACAACAUGACCUGUAUGAUCAUCACCUUUGUGCCCUACGCUGGGGGAAACCAGGCAGAAGCCACCAAGAAGAGGAAGCCGGAGGAAACCGAGGCAGAAAAGAAUGGCAGUGAUAACAAGAAGUCCAAGACUGAAUGAAAUAAAUCUCGAAGAGAAUUCAAUGAAUGUCAGAACUCGAGGACAACCUGGGAUGAAAUGUUUGUUUAAAACAAAACACAAAAGACAGUGUCUGACGAGAAGGGAGGUCAUUUUAGUUAACCCCAGACUAAUAACAUUAAAAGGUAAACCAGCCAAUUUUUUUCUUCUUUUUGUAAAUUUAUUUUUUUUGCUUAUAUGCCCUGUUUUUGACUUGUUCACAAAUAUAUUUGGAUACGCUAAGCAACCACCUAGCCAAGAUGUGACGAAAACAUGAUUCAAGUAGUUUGUCAAUCCUAGGAAUCUUAAAUGUAAUCGUCCGGUAUCUUAUGUCCUUGUUUUAUGUAUAUAGUAUUUUUUCCAGUACCUGUCAUAUAAAGUUUAUUCGCCUUUUUAUUGUGGAUCAAUGUGAGUUUUGGUGUCUGAUGACCAGUGUAUUAUGUUCAAAUUAGUUUUUUUUUUAAAUAAUGUCACAAAUGAGAUUUUGUUGACUUGUUUUACCAAGUUGGAUCUUUUACUGCAGGUAUUUUGACUUCACCCCAUCCCCCUUUUUUCAUUAACAAAAAAAGGGAUUCCAGAGUUCCAUUUGUGAGGUGUUUUACCCCAACAUUCCUGUGCUUUUGGUUGUCGACCCAUGAACCUCAUCACCUGGGUUGUCCAAAUUAAAAAUUUGCGUUAUGCACUAAAUCUAACACACAACACCCAGCACUAGCUAUAAUUCAGACCGUAGAGGCAGAAUUGGUGAAAUGCCUGUCAAAUCCAGGGACCGGAAUCAGCUGAUUCUGAAGCUGAUUCUGUGUAGGGGGUAAGGCCAUGAUGGUUUAAUAAAAAACCUGUCACAGGGAAAGCAGCUCUGGGCAUUGCUCCUGUUAAUUGUCUUGUUGUCUCCACAUCCACAUUUCAGUAAGGUUUAUAUACAAGGUAUUUUGGAAUAUAUAUUUUGGUACUUUUUCAGCAUCGUUGUGAGUUGCAUAGGAGAAAAUAAAAACACCUGCUCAAACCAAGA